AUGACAACACCUAGUACACAAGACGAUGCCAACACUUGGGAGCCUACCAUUCUCCAGGUGCUCGAUCAAUUUGUCCCAAUUUGCAAGCGCUUCACGAUCUGGGCGAAGGAACUCGCCAGUCCGGAGAAGCCCCUGACUGAGCUGGCUUCCGAACAAGUCCAAAACCUCUGUACCAGCGUCGCACGGCUAAGCACUCAGGCUACGGCACCUGGCCGCGGCCCUGCCGAAGAUGAACAACUCUGGCAAAUCUUGACGCGCUGCAAGACACAGCUCUUUGAGACAGUGAGCCUGCUGAGUUUCGUCGCCAAAGCGGAACAAAGUGGUCAAGAGGGCGCCCUCAACGAGUUAUACGCGCGCAGGUUUAUUCUCGACAGUGGCACUUACACCAACACGCCUCCGAGCCAUGGCAGGGUGGACGGCAUGAUCCGCCUUGGAUUAGACCUAAAAGGGAUUAUUGCGACUCUUGCCUCGGACACCCCCGCUGCUCUGCUCACGCCAGCUACUACGAGCAAGCGGUUUCAACAGCAGGAGCCCAAGAUUUCAGACUUGCUCCACGGUGCCAGCAAACUGGUCAGCCCGCGACACGUCCACAGCUAUGAAAGCAUUGCAGAAACCCCAUACUAUGUCCUGGACCCCGCUGGCGAAGCGUAUUCCGGAAGCUAUGGCACAGUGCAAAAGGUUGUCCACAAGCAUACCGGCGAGCAUCUAGCAAUGAAGACGUUCCACAGCGUCUUCUCCAACAAGCAGCGCAAGAAAAUACUGCGAGAGAUUGGCAUCUUGGAGGUGUGCGACCAUCAGAAUAUAGUCCGAUUCAUCCAGGCCUUCAGCACCGAGGACGACGACCAGGCCAUACGGCUCGUCAUGUCCCCGUGGGCACCGUACACAUUGUUGCGGUUUCUGCACAGUUCCGAUGUCAAGAGAAAGAAUCGCUGUCCCUGGUUCCAGCCAGACUCGGCCCCGUCCAGCUGCCACAUCUACCGAAUUAUGUACGAGCUGGCUGACGCCGUCGGUUGGCUCCACGGCCACGGUAUCAAACACAAGGAUAUCAAGCCCGAGAAUAUCCUCUUGCACCAGGAAGCAAGCGAGUUUCCUACGGCAUUGGUCACCGAUGUUGGCGUCAGCAAGAUUUACAAGCCCGGGGGCUCAACCAACUUCAUCAAAAGCACUUACGUGUACCUGGCGCCCGAACAACACGCCAUGAAGGAAAGCAGUCUGCGAUCUGAUGUAUGGCAGCUGGGCUGCUGCUUCGCAGAAGUCCUUGCAGUGGCCAAGAGCGGGUUUUCGGGCUACGUGAAACUCUAUGAGAGCUACAAUCGUGAAGAGGAAGACUGCGCAUGUUCCAUUGCCCUCGAGUACCCUUCAUUCAGCGCGGCCUUCGGCGCCCUCUGCAUGCGAGGCAGUGCUGCGCAGAAGAAGGCGUACGCGGUGACUGUCGGAAUGCUGGAGCUGGAGCCGCAGGACAGGCCAACGAUCGACCUGGUCAAGGGUGUUCUCUCUGAGAUGCCUGGUGUCACGAAGAAAGCGUGA